ACUCCCUUUUUUAAAAUGGCUACCACCAAUAAAGGUUCUCUCAAGCCUUGCUCUAGGACUGAUCCUCGUUAUGGACGAAUAAAGAAAGUCUUUAUGGCGUAUAUACACAACCCUGACCCUUACGAGCAGUAUAUACCACCUUAUACGAGAGAUCAAUUAAGAAAUCCGGCCAUUUAUCGUCAGGCUUUACGAGAGAAAGCAGAACACUCCACCCACCAGCUUCAUAAGAUCGACUCACACAAAGCUACUGUUAGGCGAUUAAUUGAGUCCUUAGUUUCAGGUGGAGUGGCAGUAUCUCACGAUCAAAUUCACGAAGGAGAACACGUCACGAAUCUCUUAAAAUAUUAUGAAGAGCAGAUCAUUGACUCCGAUGCCGUCCUGUUAAUAAUUACAAAGUCUCUCAAUUAUUAUAUGAGCAACGAAGCUCCCAUUGGCGAGAACGAGAUCCUACUUACGCGUCACUUUUUACACAACCUCAUGACAAUUAAGAAACCCUCUGGCACUAGUUUUAUUCCAGUUUUUAUUAAUCAACCAGUCAACCGAGGCUCUAUACCAGCUACGCUCGCUAGUUCUACUUGUUAUUCUUUACGGGAGCCGUUUGAUGUUUGUUCUGGCGAUUUAUCUGAUCUUUAUGCCUAUUUGACUAAUCAGAAUACUGGUACAUUUGACGGGCCAGCUGAAGUGAUUGCAAUACCUGGAAGAAGGAAAGCUUAUUCAUUCGUACCGAAGCAAAAGACUCAAGCACUAUCAUCUGAGGACUCUAAAUUAUACUCCGAGCUCUGCCAGAGGAACACUCCCCUACCUGAGGAGGUCAUAUUCCAAAUGAUAUCAGACAUUGCUCCCAAAUGGAAGAAGCUUGCUGAAGAGCUCUCACUGUCUAAGAGAGACAUACUCCAGUGUGGGAGCAUUGCUAGUUGUAGUGGAGAGAGGGAAGCUUGCUAUCAAAUGCUGUUAAUAUGGAGGAACAGACAAGAUCCACCUGGAACAAUAGCUGUCUUUGCAAAGGCACUUUGUGCCAUUGAAUGCUCACAUUUGCUUUAUGCUUUGGCUUUUUAUUGUAAAUAAACAAAAUAAUAAUCAUAUCUCAUUCUUACUGUCCAGUAUUUUUGUAUUAUUUUUAUUCAUAAUUCAGUUAAUAAAUU